AUGGCACCAAAGAAGAAUCUUCCACUCACACCUUCCAAGGAACCUAAAGAUGCCCAAAAAUUCCGCAUAACAUUCCGGUCCCAUGUCUUCGAGAUUCAUAGAUACGUCGCAGUCAACGCCUCCGAGCUCUUCGCAAAGUUAUGGCAAGACCGUCCCGCCAGCCAAAAAUUAAACUUCAAUAUUGAGAAAGAUGAUGGGGACGACAACGACCCACACCCCGAAAACUUCUAUACUGUCGACGCAAUGGCUCAACUCAUCGCAUACUUGUACUGUAAGGUCUACAAUUUCGCCUCCUACCUCGGCAUGCCACGCGAAUGCGAGCGUUCUCUGGACCGAUUUCGAACAUGUCUGUAUGAUCGAAAAUAUAAUCAUACAAUCCCCACUGCAGAAGAAGUCGUCUCAAUUUAUGACUCGACAAAGCGGGAUUCGAAGGUGUGUGAGAUUUUGGUGGGUGCGAUGACGGAAAUGUGGCAUUUGGUCAAAGUGAAUAAUCACCAUUCUGGAGACUUGGGUGCGGAUGCGAAUGAAAGCUGGCAUAGGUCGUUAAAAGCGGUUCCGGAAUUUGAAAAGGCCGUUAUGGAGCAGAUUGGCAGGAAGGAGAUUGAGAGUGGGGGGAGAAGGCUUCGUUCUGACAAGCGAGCUUGA